GCUAGGCAGACUAGGAGGUCCCAGCAAACGAGCAGGCAGAAGUCCCAGACGAUACCUUCCUGCAGUGGCAUCAUGUCGCGCAGCGGAGCGUGUCCAGAGGAGCGCCAGCAGGCGUCAGAGGCGGACGCCAUGGCCACAGCCUUCCGGGCGAGCGGUAACUGCAGGGCGGACGGGGCUCGCUGGGACGCGGAGCCGAGCCCUCCCCUUCCUUAGGAAGUUGUCGUCCCUACCGGCAGAGCAUCAGCAUAUCCGCUACAACCCACUGCAAGAUGAGUGGGUGCUGGUGUCAGCUCAUCGCAUGAAGCGGCCCUGGCAGGGGCAAGUAGAGCCCCUGCUUUUGAAUACAGUACCUCGCCACGAUCCCCACAACCCUCUGUGUCCGGGGGCCACACGAGCCAACGGAGAGGUGAAUCCCCACUAUGAUGGCACCUUCCUUUUUGAUAACGACUUCCCAGCUCUGCAACCUGAUGCUCCUAGUCCAGGACCCAGUGAUCAUCCACUUUUCCAAGCAGAAGCUGCUCGAGGAGUUUGUAAGGUCAUGUGCUUCCACCCCUGGUCGGAUGUGACACUGCCACUCAUGUCAGUCCCCGAGAUCCGCGCUGUCAUUGAUGCGUGGGCCUCAGUCACAGAGGAGCUGGGUGCCCAGUACCCUUGGGUGCAGAUCUUUGAAAACAAAGGCGCCAUGAUGGGCUGUUCUAACCCCCACCCCCACUGCCAGGUGUGGGCCAGCAGUUUCCUGCCAGAUGUUGCCCAGCGUGAGGAGCGAUCUCAGCGAGCCUAUCAGAGUCAGCAUGGAGAGCCCCUGCUGAUGGAGUAUGGCCACCAGGAGCUGCUCAGAAAGGAACGUCUGGUCCUAACCAGUGAGCACUGGUUAGUUCUGGUCCCCUUCUGGGCAGUAUGGCCCUUCCAGACACUACUGCUGCCCCGUCGGCAUGUGCGGAGGCUGCCUGAGCUGACCCCCACUGAGCGUGAUGAUCUAGCCUCCAUCAUGAAGAAGCUCUUGACCAAGUAUGACAACCUAUUUGAGACAUCCUUUCCCUACUCCAUGGGCUGGCACGGAGCACCCACAGGAUCAGAGGCCGGAGCCAACUGGGACCACUGGCAGCUACAUGCUCACUAUUACCCUCCCCUGCUGCGCUCUGCCACAGUCCGGAAAUUCAUGGUUGGCUAUGAAAUGCUUGCCCAGGCCCAGAGGGACCUCACCCCUGAGCAGGUCAGGACUUGGAGUCCCCUAGGUCCUUGGGUCCCCUUUUCUCUCCUGUUUCCUCAAGGGAUUCCCAACAAUCAUGACCCUGAGAACAUCGAUAAUCUGGACGUUCUGAGGGACUUGGGAGCUGCUCAACUCCUUCAUCCUUCGGUCAUUCCUGCAGUUCUUAUCACCAGCCUCCCGGCCCCACACGCCCUCCCCCAGUGUCUCCUCAGAACUCCAUACCACCAUUCUGGGAAGCCCUUACCCUCCCUGAUUAUCCCCCUUUCCCCUUUCAGGCUGCAGAGAGACUAAGGGCACUGCCUGAAGUUCAUUACUGCCUGGGGCAGAAGGACAGGGAGACAGCAGCCAUCGCCUGACCACGCUGACCACAGGGCCUUCUGCCUGAGGGAACCAGGGCCUAGGGUUUGGGCAGAUGUGGGAUAAAUAAAACUGCUUCUCAAACUUUAA